CCAUAAUCAUGUAUCUUUUGUCCCACAGAAACACGUCGAUCAACUUUUUCAGAGCUUGCUGGACUUUUGCCAUGACGUAAAUAACGUGCGUAGCCUUAAACAACGGGCGUGGCUUUCUGAUGCAUUUGUAUUGCUGCGUCCGUGCAGCUCAAUGCGGAAGACUGACAGGGAGCACGUCAUUCCUGAUGAACUGAGAAAGCAAUCCUGAAGAAAGUUUCCAAGGAGUUCGAUUGAGACCUGAAGUGUUUGACUUGUCAGGUCAAAAAUCAUAACCAUGUGGCCAAAUCAAGGUCCUCCCCCUCCAGUGGGCCCACCAAACCCUGCCUACCCUCCUGGCUACAACCCUGCAUAUCAUGUUGCACCUACAUCGGGACUCUUCCCCCAACCAUCACAUCCUGGGCAAUUCCCAGCUGGGCAAUACCCAGCUGGGCAAUAUCCAGCUGGGCAAUAUCCAGCUGGGCAAUACCCAGGGGGCAUGAACCCAACCAUGGGGCCACAUGUACCUCCAGGGGCCAUGCCUUAUGGAGCUCCAGGUGGAUAUCCACUAGUCCCUCCUGCAGGUACUCACCCAGGUCCAUACCCGCACUCUCCAAAAGGGUGUCACCAAAAAGGCCAUAAAGGCCACAAGGAUCAUAAAGAUCACAAAGAUCACAAAGGUCACCACAAAGAUCAUCAUCAUGGAGGGUUAAAUCCCAUGGCUGGAGCAUUUGCUGGAGGAUUGCCUGGAAUGGGAAUGGGGUUGGAUGGACAUAAAGCCCACAAAAAGAUGAAAAAGGGGAAGAAGAUGAAGAAGGCGAAGGGGCACAAACAUGGCAAGUCCUCCAGCAGCAGUAGCAGCAGCAGCAGCAGCAGCAGUAGUGACUAAGACUGAGGACACCAGGCUUUUUCAGAAGUGUCACAUUACAAAAGUGCAACCUUACUAUUACAAAUAAAUACACUAAAGUCAUACUUAUCACUUUAAACAGGACAUACUAAUUGAAAAUAAAAUAAAGGUAGCUAAAAAGCUGUUAUAUCUCACAAGAAAUGCAUGCAUACGCUGUUGCUGUAAACAUUUUCACAGCAUUUUGCUGUGUUUGCAUUCCAUCAUGUCUCUAGUUUGUGGUGUUUUUGGGGAAAUGGUCCACUACAAGUACAUUGGUGUACAAAUGUAUUGAAAUAAUUUGAAGAGGGGCUAAAUGAUGAGAAAAUCUAACAUUGUGAUUCAGUAAAAGAAUAUAUGUAUAUUAUGCUUUUUUCUCUUUUCUUAGGAAGUUUCACCUUGAGAUGGAGAUUGAUACAGAUAUUAAGUGUCUAUUUUAUGCUAAUUUGUGUUCACUGCUACACAUGACUGCAGAAUGCAUUGUUCUGCAUUGCUUUGUAUCUGCAUUAAUUAAUUUAAAUCAAACUUGUUUAAUAAAUACAUUUAAAUUAAAAGACUGAC